ACUGCCAAAAGAGAUAUGGGAUCACUUGGCCACUAUAUAUUCUGGUACAGGUAAUUUUACCCGUGCUUUAUGAGGUGUGCAAGCAAUACUUCUGGUUGAUAAAUUUUUUGUAAGAUUGAAACCUGAAUAUGAAAUUAUUCGUUCUCAGAUUUUGGAUGGUUCUAGUCUUCCCUCAUUACUUGAGGUUUUCUCUAAUUUAUAGUGUGCUACUUUGUCUAUGGUGUCUCCACUGAUCGCUCAACUCUUGUGGUUCCUAGUAGUCAUAAUGAUGGUCAUCGAAGUGAACGUGGUGGUCGGUGCGGUUGUACAGGAGGUCAUACGGGUGGUUGUGGAGGCCGUAGUAGACCUCGUUCUUGUACUCACUGUGGUCGUGGAGAACACACUGUUGAAAUUACAUGGAAAACCUUUUGAUGCUGCUAAUCAGAUUUUCUAUCAAGAUGACACCUCGGUUGUUGCUUCCAUACCUCGUCUGCUACUUCCACACAUAGUGUUACUCUUACUAAAGGAUCUCAAGACGAAGAGGAAGAUUGGUACGAGACAUGAAGCUGGUGGCCUGUAUUACUUUGACUUUGAUUCACCUACUCGAGCUCUAUAG